AUGCCCUUCGUUGUAUUACCAGCCCUCGUCGAAGACAUCGAACGGAUCUACGACAUCCAGUUCGCGGCUUUCAAAGAUGAGCCCAUAAUGAGAUUCCUCUACCCCAAUGGCGUCGACCGCAAACUUCACACAGAAGGGACGCAUGAGUGGUGGAAGCAAGACCAGAUCGGCCACCCAGUCAAGUGCGUCGACACCGAGACGGGCGAAAUCGUCGGCAUGGCGGUGUGGGAUAUUUUCUGGCGACCUGGCGAGGAGCACGCAUUCCAAAAGCCGGAGGGCAUCCCGUGGCUUACGGGUGACGACAAGAAGAAAUGCGAACGGAUAUUGAUGCCCAUGUGGGACAUGCGUGUCCAGCUCUUUGGCAAGCGCAGGUACAUCUAUCUCUCGACGAUAGCUGUGGACCCCAACCGCCAGAGACAAGGUAUCGGCCGCGUACUCAUGCAGUGGGGGGCCGACGUUGCAGAUCAAUUGGAACUGCCGAUCUACACCGAAGCUUCGGAUACAGGGUUCUCUCUGUACGCGAACGUGGGGUUCGAGAGGCUCACCCAUGUGAGCAUCGUCCACUCCGCCGAGGCGCGUGGGAAGGACGAGGCCGCCGAGGUUCCCCUCGUGGUCAGGAUGCCCAAGGUCGCCGGCGGAAUCAACUUCAAGGAAUGGUCAGAGGCAGGCUUUCCGGAGGACUUCAAAUUGUGA